AUGUCAGUGGCUACUGCACCCAGGAAGCCUCGGAUUUUACUUGCUACUAGUGGGAGUGUUGUUGCGGUUAAAUUUGCAAAUCUUUGUCAUUGUUUUUGUGAAUGGGCUGAAGUAAGAGAAGUUGCCACAAAUACAUCUUUGCAUUUUAUUGACAGAACAGCGAUUCCCAAGGAUGUGACUUUGUAUACCGACAAUGAUGAAUUGUCUAGUUGGAAGAAACUAGGCGAUAGCGUGCUUCACAUUGAGCUUCGCAAAUGGGCUGAUAUCAUGGACUACUGCAAGCCAUUAUUUGUUGCACCUGCCAUGAACACUUUUAUGUGGAACAAUCCUUUCACAGAGAAGCAUCUCAUCUCCAUUGAGGAGCUUGGUAUUUCUCUCAUUCCACCUGUUACAAAGAGGUUAGCUUGUGGGGAUUAUGGCAAUGGCGCAAUGGCCGAACCCUCUACUAUUUACUCCUCUGUGAAGCUCUUUUAUGAGUCAAAGGCUCAGCAAGGUAACAGCCGUGUUUAA